AUGACGAGGAACCGAAUUAACCCUGGGCCAUCAAAUGCCAAUGCUCAGCCAGAUCCUGUUUUUGUUGCUUUAGUUAGGCCCCGAAGUGGUCGUGGGGCAACAGCUGUGCAAAGGGAGUUGACUGCUAGUCAUCAAACUAAUGAGAAUUUGAUGAAGACGAAUGAAGAUAUGCGGAAUGCUAUGGCCGCGAUGAUGAAUGAGUUGAGGACACUGAGGGGUGUUAGACAUGAGAAUCGACCACCCACUCCUCCUCCUCACACUGCCACACCUACUCCACAUACUCUUCAUGUAGAGGGUGGAGCGGGUAACAAUGAAGAAAGGGCUAGUCACCAUGAUGAUGGCUCUAGUCAUCACACUGUGGUUCAUCAACCCCAUGUAGAACAUGUUGGUGGGCCAGACGAGGAUGAAAGGCGAUUGACUGCCUUUCAAAAACACAAACCUCCAUCGUUCACUGGAGGCUAUGACCCAUUGAUUGCUGCAAAAUGGCUUCAGGCCAUGGAGAAUAUUUUCAGGGUGAUGAGAUGCCCUGAUGCACUGAAGUUGGUUUACUCAGUGUAUAUGCUUAAAGGUCAAGCCGAGGAUUGGUGGACGAACACCGUGCAACCGUUGGAAGCUGAAGGCCAGGAGAUCACCUGGCGGUUGUUUGAGACUUUGUUCUUGGAUAACUACUUUCCUAUGGAGGCUAGGGAAAGAAAGCAAAAUGAGUAUAAUGAUUUGAAGCAGGGGACGAUGACCAUUGACCAAUAUUUCGCCAAGUUCAAUGAAUUGAUGAAGUAUGCUAACUACGGGAGAGCUCUACCUACUUCAGCCGAGAUGACCUCCAAGUUUCAAUGGGGUCUAAAUGAGAAAAUGUCUCAGAAAAUGUCUAAUUUUGAUAUCCGUGAGUUUAGCAGGUUUGUAAACCAUUGUUGGAAAGUGGAAGAACUUUAUAGUGUGACUAAGAACAAGAAGCUUUCUGAGGCCCAGGCAUCUAAUGCAAGUAGAGCAACUGGCUCAAAUUAUUGGAAAAACAAGAAAAUGAAGGGUAAGAAGUUGAGUGUGAAUAAUCCAGUCGAUAUAUUCAAGAAGCCCGGAAAUGCAAAGAGUUUUGUUGAUAGAAGACCUCCUCCAAAGUGUAGAGGAUGCAGAAAAGAGCAUCGAGGUCCGUGUGCUACGGGUGAAAUUAUUUUCUAUAAGUGUGGAAGAUCCGGCCAUUACUCUAGGCAGUGCCCUCAAAGUGAAGUGAGGACUAUGACAAUUCAGGAUGCUGUUGUUCCUGUUUUGGUUGUUCUACCUAUGAUAGAGUCCCAGACUGUUGGUAGAGUAUACACCAUGGACCGUCAGCAAUCAGAAAAGGCUCCAAACCUUGUGAAAGGUUAG